GCAAUAAACAUCGUUCGCGAGGGAUUUUAAGUGUUCUUAAAUACACAUGUAUUUAAGCUUACCCGCAUAUUGGGGAAAUAGUUUAAACGAUUUAAUUUUAUAUUUGUGAUAGUAGUUAACCAACUAAACACCUGGAAAAGCUAAUUUUGUUUCAUCGAUCAGUUAAAGUCAUGGACGAGAAUGGUGAUUUUGCUCUCAGUCUGCCUCCCGACUGCCUUCUGGAGAUAAUGAAGUACAUUGUUUCCGAUUGCGAGAUUAGUGAAGCAUACAACUCUUUCAAAAAAUACAACAAUUUAAUCAAUUUUGUGUUGGCCCACGAACUUUUGGUGGAAUUGUUUGCGGUACAUCACAAAAAGCUGUACCAGGUUCUUGCAUUGGGCCUUGAAUGCAGAACCACAAAACUGCUCAUAGAUCUGCGAGUCAAUAAGUUAUCAAACCAAAACAGGGACCUCUUCUGGAGAUCCUACUUGCAUUCUCUUAAAAAAGAAAACUCUUUCAAUGCUGAAUUGAUAUUUGGCCAUUAUAGAAACGAGGCGAACGCUCACGUAAACAUUUUUAUGAAAGGUAAGUCAUAGUUUUCUGAUUCAUCUUCAGAUGUUCCAACAGUUUAACUUUUGUUUAAAGGCUCUUUCUCAUACCCCGUGAAAUUAAAGUUCAAAAAUAAGAUCACUUCAGAGGCAUUAGUGGAUAUAUGUCUCUCCCUACCAAAUUUGAAUUCAUUGUUCUUUGGAGGAAUUGAAAUAGAUGGGAGUCUAUCGGACAUCGUACCCUAUUGCGAAAGUCUGGAAAAGCUAAGAGUUGAAUUUAAAGCAGGAGACGAUGUUGCCAAGUUCGAACCCCUGGCGCAGUUGCCCAACUUAAAAAGCUUCACUAUUACUGGAAUCCACAAAAGCGGUUCGCAGUUGAUAUUCUUCAACGAUUUAACGAAAUUGCACCGACCUAAAAGUUUACCACCCUUAGCAUUGACCAUUGAAGACGACAUAUGCGAUGGGCGAAUUACUUUCGGUGCACAUGACUCACUUCGUUAUUUGCACAUAGAAGACCAUUUUUACAAAGCAAGCCUUAAGGCAGUGUACGAAUUAAAUGAAGCUCUGCAAGGCGGCAGUUCGAAAGAAAAUUCUGUGGCAACCAUCACAUUAGGUAAGGAAGUGGAUCUGAAGUUUGACAGCUCUAUAGAAGAACUCGUUUUAGAGAUAACUGAAAAGUCGGAUAUGAGCCAAAUGGGUUUUUUAUCAAUGCUACCCAAGAUGAGUAGUUUGGUUAUAAAAGGUCAUCCUAGAACAUCCUUUACAGAGCCCACCUCACUUGCAACAUUCUUGCAAUCAAUAGUCCAAAAAGGGCAAUUUUCUUUAACAUCCUGCAAGAUAAAGGAUGUAUUGUGCUCUGUUUCAGAUUGCAGUUCAAUCUACUUCUUAAGUCAACUAACUAACUUGCAGAAUUUAGAAAUGAGCUUUAACGAAUCCUUUGACUCACAAUCAUCAUCACUUGUUCUCAAUUUGCUACAAGGGACACAGAUGACCGCAAAACUGGAUUUCAAAAAUGUUUGUCUUAUCAUAUUGAAGGGUGAACAAAAACUGGAUAUUUUCAUUAGAUUUGGCUGCAGAGCUGACGUUCUGUCUCCGCUCGCCCAACUAAAUGGCGUUACCACAGUUCGAAUUAAUGGUUACCCGGAUAAGAAAACCCGAAAUAUGCUAUUUGAAGCAUUCGCCACCAGCAAUAUAAGUACUAUCCAAGAAUUGGAUAUCUCAAAAAUGAGUGAAUCUUAUUUUUAUAUGAUAUCAAAAGUAGCAGAAAUUCAAUCCAUUAAGAAACUCUCUUGUGACUUAGUGGAUUUUACUGGAGUUGAGAAGUUGGCCAACUUGGAUAAACUUGAAGAGUUAAUCAUAAAAUCCAAUGAGUUUGGAACCCUGUCUUCACUUUUUACAAGUCUGGCUGCCAGAAAUAUAAUUCAAUGUAUAAGAAUACCGAAGGGUAAACUUUCACCUGAAGAGAUUUUAAAGGCUUCUGGAAUAAAGUCGCUGAAAAUAUUUGAGUGCAGUUUUGCCGACCUGCAAGAUCAAGAAUCCUUGUCAGAGUUGGCUAAGUCAAGUGUUGAAGAGCUAAUUGUUUCCCUAGAGUAUUCCUACAAAUACCGAAACCCAUCCGUAGUCAAUUUAUUAUCUGCGUUUUCCUCAAACGGAGCAAAAAGACUUCAGCGCCUGGAAAUUAAGGAAAGGGCACUAGACAUCUGCGAAGCAAACGCAAUUUCUAAGCUUCCAGCUUUAGUAAGUUUGCAAAUAGCAUCUCCUGACUCACUGAGGAUUUUCGCAAAUAACCCCCUGUGUAAACUUCAAAAAUUGGAACUAAGUUUCCAAAUUGGCCACAGUGAAUGUGAAUUGAUGGUUCAAUUUGAAACACUGCCGUCCUUAAAAUGCCCAUUCCGCGAUGAGAAGGGUGUUGAAGCUUUGGCCAAUAUAAAAGGUCUUAAGGAACUGAUUAUCGUUAAAGCAGCAGGUUCGCUUGGUGAACUUUACAGGGCUUUUGCUCAAAAGAGUUUGACAAUUUUAGAAAAACUUCAUACACCAACUGUAAGUUCGGAUGAGGUCCGUUGGAUAGCGCAAAUUAGAUCCCUAACUGAGCUAAGUAUUGAAUGCAAAUGCGUAUGUGACAACCUAUCAUACCUGUGUAAGCUAAGUGAACUUAAAUCACUAUCUAUAGCUGAAAAUGAUAAAUCCACAUUGACGAGCGAUAACGUGCUGCCAAUUAUCCAAGACUGUCGAAAACUUGAUUUCGUCACCCUCGACUUCUACAACGAUUACUCAAAAGCCCUUAAAAUUUCAAGAGAAGUGAAUACAAUUCUAAAAUCUGUAAGAGAUCCUGCACAUCGGAGACCAUUAAAACUUUGUAUUAAAUCCUUUAAACUAAAUGGAGAAGUCAUCGAUAAUGAAUACUUACAGGUUUCCCAUAGCCGCAAAAUAGAAAAGCAUUACUUAGUAAGAAGAAGUUGUUUUGGAGGUUGCAGAAGGUCUUCUUCUUCGUGGUUUUCGGAGGGAUCUUGGCAUCUUUAACACGCAGACGUUGGCAAUCACUCCUAAAAAAUUGUAUUUUUGACCAGAUUUUGCAAAAGGACUAUGCUACCCCUUGUAAAAAAAGAUGAAAAUUCGCAAAAAAAGUAUGCUUUCAAGCUAUUUUAUUUAUUUAGCAGAGUGCAGUUAUAAUA